AUGAUUGACGAUAGCGAGAAUUUGCUCGUUAUCCAGGCACGGAAUGGAGUUCCUCUUCUCGUGCCCUGGGGCCAUGAAAAGUUGACUCCCGGCACGGGCUUUAGAUCAGAACAUAUUAUGGGCGAUCCUUGGGUGCACGAGUCUGCAUUCAUUCCCUUUGAUUCCAAAGUUCCAUACGCCUUAUACGAACCCCAGGGUGAUAGCCGCGCAUACUUUCGGAGCGCAGAAAGCUAUUCUCAGAGCGUCUCAAACCAACACUACAGCGGCAGCUUGUGUGCAACAGUUGAUGUGGGAUUUGCGACGGCCAGCGUAACCGGCUCAUAUGACAAAGAUAUCAAAGAAAAUAAAGAUUCAACAAAAGUGUCACGCAAUGUGUUCUUUAGAGCUGGCGUGAUUCGUUUCGCACAAGAGCCAAUGUUGAAUGCAACUGCCUAUAAUCUGUUAAGCAGACCUGGCGGAGAAGAUGCAUUCCGCGCACUCUACGGCGACUAUUUCAUCUCAGGAUUUACACUGGGAGGGGAUUCAGGCGCAUUCAUGUCCGUCGAUGACGUGACAAAACAAACCACAGAUACGGUCACUCUGAAGGCUACUGUUAAAGUAGUCUUUUUCAAGCCGAAAACUUACACCACAUCCACCACCAAGACCCACAUUGAUCAUAGUCUCAAGGUCACACUCUCUGGCUAUGAUACAAUGGAAGGAUUCAAUAUCAGAGACCCAAAGAUAUCUCUUGCUUCAGCGCAGCAAAAGAUUGUCAAGAUGGUUGACCUAGCAGAUGAUCUGGAGGCUAGGGUGAUGGAGAAGUUGAGAGUCUUGGGAAUUACCUCCAAUCGAGAAUUGACAUUAUCAGAAUGUACUCAUUUAUGCGGCUCGGGUAUUGUGGUUGGGAUUCUAUUGAUCCCAUUUCGAUUGUUGAGAGGUUAUCAAGUCGGUCUCAAUUUAAGCGCGACUAACGGACUCGUUUCUUCUUUGGCCUUUGAGUCACUUGUGUAA